AUGUCUACAACAACUAGGAUCACUCUUGUUAUGAAUCUUUUGCCUCUUUUGUUCUCAGUAGCUCUAGUUGGUUCGGUUCAAUGUACGGUGCCUCUCAGAUCCUUCAAGAUAAGUGAAAAUGUGACAUACGAUUGCAUAGAUAUUUAUAAACAACCAGGACUUGAUCAUUCCUUGCUCAAAAACCACACAAUCCAGAUGAAACCAUCAUUAUCAAGACAUGAGCUAAAGAAUCAAACUAGCAACAACAAAACAUAUAAGAAGGACAUAGAAUGUCCAUAUGGAACUAUUCCUGUAUUGAGAAACACAAAAGAAUUCAACACCAAAGCCCAACUCUUGGCUGCCAAGUAUUUCAAUCCGUUAUCAGCUGAUAGCCCUGGAACACAUAUCGCUGGGGUAAAGCAACACGGUGGUCCAUAUCAUGGUAUAGAAGCUAAGUUUAAUGCAUAUAACCUAAACAUUGGAGAAGAUCAAGCCUCAUAUAGUCAAAUGUAUUUAGGCAGUGGACAUUAUGGCGAAGUCAAUUUCAUUUCAACGGGGAUGAUGAUAAAUCCAGGCAUUUUUGGUGACGGACGUCUUUGGACAUAUGGAUUUUGGAUGGGUAAAGGUGGAAAAGGAUGUUAUAACAUGGCAUGUCCAGGGUUUGUUCAAGUAUCGAAUGUGGUUCCCUUAGUCAAACCCAUGUACCUUAAGCCAGGGGAGCCUGCAUCGUUGCAAUGGGCCAUCCAUCAAGAUGAACAAACACGAAACUGGUGGAUUAUACAAAUGUCGCCUUAUACAUAUAUCGGUUAUUGGCCAAAAGAGCUAUUUUACCUUAUGGAUAAUGGUGCUACUAUGGUUGGAGUUGGAGGUGUAGUUCAGGCUUCACCUUCUGGUUUAAGCCCUCCAAUGGGUAAUGGUAAAUUUCCGGCAAAAGGUCCUUUGAGAUCAGCCAUGUUUUCCAAUGUUGAUGUCUUAUAUUCCAAGUAUGAGAAAGGUAAAAUAAAUGCGUUUCCUAUAGUGGAGUUGCUAGAUAGUAGUAGAUGUUAUGGGCUACGAAUUGGUAAGAGAGUUCGAUUUUGGACUAGUCCACUCGGAUACUUUUUCAAUUAUGGUGGUCCUGGAGGAAUCUCUUGUGGAGUUUGA